AUGCGGCCGCCAGUGCAAGACUCACCUCCUGCGGCUAAAGCUACCGGAGCUACCCAAACAGUGGAACAGAAACGGCGAACGUCUCCUGAACAACCAGAAGAUCCGAAACCAGCACCGGCUCGAAAUGAACCACCUGUUCGCGUGCAGGCUAGGCAAGAAGCGACAUCUCGCGCUCCUUCGUUCGUACCAGUAACGAACGAACCAGAAACGAUAGUCGCUCCGGCAAAGCGGCUAGCCCCUACUCCUCGAACACCGAUGUCUGCUGCUGCGUAUCGACUCGAGAUCGACUCACUCAAUAUGCUGAUGAACCAGGUGCUUGAGCAAAUGGAGAAAGGACCAGUCAGUCUGAAUCUCGUUGCUAGAAUCAAAGCACAUCCGAUGUACGACGCCAGACCGAUGGUGAAAGAGUUGUUGGAGAGUAUUAUAGGUUCGUCAUCAGCUGAUCCACCUGCAGAAUCGUUGAACGGUUCGAUUUCAGCAGCACAGCCAGAACAGGUGCAACGAGAGACGAGCAAACUCGUCCAGCAAAGGAGUCAGGAAGUUGCUAGAAAAAAUCAACAAAGAGCGGCGUUCGACGUGCCAAAAGUGCCCGUCGCCCCUAAGAGGCCAGAUAAGCUUUCUCGGGCAGGAUAUGGAGAGCGGCCGUGGCAUAGCGUCGAGGUGGGCUUCGAUCCGGAUGAGGAAUCAGAACUGGAAGCGAGCCAUCAGCUGUCCGUCGCAAGUGCUGCUACCGAUGUCACAGUACAGACAACCUCGUUUGAGGACAGCGAGGACGAAGUUGUGCCGCCAGCACCACCGAAAGCACCGAUAGUAACGGAGACACUGAAGGAGGAGGAUGAAGCUGAUUCCGAAGACGAGGAGGACUACACCGACAGCGAAAUGGAGGAAUUGGCCGAAGAGGUCGAGCAGAAGAUUGUGGUGGAACAGUCGGAUGCACUGCCACCACCAGAUCCGGUCGUCGUGCAGCCGCAGUAUCUCGACGCUUUCGACCGUGGCCUCGUGAAACGGCAGAGCAAAGGGAAAUACCAGGUAAGCGCUAAC